AUGACCGUGCCUGCCAUGCCCGUGGGCGCCGGCGCUCUGGCCGCGGCCGGCAUGGCCGAGGGCGGCGGCGCUCUGGCCGCGCCCACCAUGACCGAGAACGCCGGUGCUGUGGCCGCUCCCGCCAUGGCCAAGGACGGUGGUGCUCUGGCCACGCCCGGCAUGGCCGAGAAUGCCGGCGCUGUGGCCGCGCCCGCCAUGGCCGAGAACACCGGCGCUGUGGCCGUGCCCGCCAUGGCCGAGGGCGGCGGCGCUCUGGCCGCGCCCGCCAUGGCCGAGAACGCCGGUGCUCUAGCCGCGCCCACCAUGGCCGAGAAGGCCGUCGCUGUGGCCGCGCCCUCCAUGGCCGACAAGGCCGUCGCUGUGGCCUCGCCAUGGUCGAGGGCGGCGGCGCUCGGGCCGCGGCCGCCAUGGUCGAGAACGCCGGUGCUGUGA